AGCACUGGACUUAAAACUUCUUCUUCCUCAACCUUCUUAAUUCCUUUGCCUCGGACUUCUGUCUUUCAGCAAUGUCUCCCAAAUUUUCCUCCUUUCAACCCUUCAAGCUUGCAACGUUCUUAUUAAUUUUGUCUCUUUUUGGUAUUGCUUCUGCUCAGUUAUAUCCGGACUACUAUGCAAAAACAUGCCCCGGGGCACUUCCUGCCAUUGAAAAGGUGGUUAGAGCGGCGGUUGCAAAUGAGCCCCGGAUGGGAGCAUCCCUGCUUCGUCUUCAAUUCCAUGACUGCUUUGUUAAUGGAUGCGAUGGAUCUGUACUAUUGGACGACACACCUACGAUGAAAGGGGAAAAAACAGCAAAACCAAAUAACGGUUCUCUCAGGGGAUUUGAUGUCAUUGACAGGAUCAAAGCUGAAGUUGAGAAAAUUUGUCCCGGUGUUGUUUCAUGUGCCGACAUUAUCACCAUUACCGCUCGUGACUCUGUGGUUGCUUUGGGUGGACCUUACUGGACAGUUCUCUUGGGCAGAAGAGAUUCAAAGAUAGCAAACUUCAGUGGUGCUAACUCAGACCUCCCUGCACCCACUUUGAAUCUGACCAACUUCACCACUUCCUUCGCAAACAAAGGCUUAAGUGUUAGUGAUUUGGUGACUCUUUAUGGUGCCCACACUAUCGGCCAAGCUAGGUGCACCAAUUUCCGCCCCAGGAUCUACAAUGAAACAAACAUUGAUCCCUCCUAUGCGAGAGCAUUGAGAGCAAACUGUCCGCUACCAAAAUCAGAGUUACUUACAUGGCUUCCGACCGCAGUUUACAGCUUCAAAUAUUUGUCUUGCUGGCUCUUGCAGCCACAGCUUUCUCAACGACACUGUCUCCUCAUUUCUAUGACGGAGUGUGUCCGCAAGCUUUGCCAGCUAUCAAACGAGUAGUGGAGGCAGCAGUUGCCAAGGA